AUGAGAACCUUUCAUGUUCGUCCUAUAACACAAACAACAUUUUCACCAUAUAAUUAUUCGUCGCCAUCACCAAUUUCAUCGUCAUUUUAUUUGCAAUCCAAUUCAGCAUUCAGUCCAUCGACAAUCGUAACUAAAACUGCUCCACCGGAUAGAACACUAGCAAAAUCCAAACGUCUCUCCAAACAUCAUUUCCAGUUCAAUAAUGUUCCGGACAAUAAAGACUUCAAUGAUAUUUAUCAACAAAUUCUUCAUAAAUAUAAAAAUAAUUUAAAAUAUUUAUGUGUAAGUUCCACUUCAUCUGCACCACCAUGCAUUUCUAUUCAUUUACAGUUCAGAAUACGACCAAAUUAUACUCGAUUAUUUUUACAAGAUACCAUUCCACAAGCAACUAGACAAGACUACGAGCAACAAUUAGACGACGACGAGUUCAACGUUCAAAUAAAACAUAACAAUGACGAUUACACUGAAUCAUGUCCAUAUAAAUCAACAAGAACAAAAUCGGUCAACAAAAAUCAUUUUCAACGUCGAAGCGAUUAUGCUGCACGAGCUUUACAACAGCAAACCGUCGCUGAAGGAAUGAACAUUCUCCAAACAGCAAUGCCAUACGAUUAUUUAGUACAUUCAACAUCAAUGCGAAAUACCCUGAACCAAAGCAUUGGGCAACGGCAACGGCUCCAACAAUUAGUACAAUAUCAACCGCCAUUUCCUAUAUCAUCUUUCUCAAUCCCAUCGAAUCACGCCCAGAAGAUUGAUGAUUGGUUAGCAACGGACUUUCACGAACGUAUCCAUGAUCGAUUACCAACAAGAACACGAAGAAAAACAUCGUUUGCUCGAACUCUUGGCACCCAUAUGUUCCAUCGCGGAUGUUUCAGUUUAUCCGAAUGGUCAGAUGAAGUCGAUUAUAUGAUAUUAGAUGAUAUUCCAUAUCCGGACAUUAAGCAACAAGCAAAGCAGUUAUUAACAGCACCCGGUGAAGUGCAUUUAACAGACAAAUAUCAUAAAAAAGAAAAAAAACACAAUAACAAACCCUGUAUUUAUUUGAUGAAUUACGAAGAUAUUGGAGGUUUAUUAAGUGAUACGUAUUGGAUCGAUAAUGGUGUGAUUGUGCAAUUGAGCAUGAACGAAAAAUUAUUUGCGUAA